AUGCCGUCUGACAGGGGAGACGCGGCAGCCACGGCCGUGCGCAGUCGACCGCUGCUACACUACAAGGAUCUAGGUCUGGUCACGCAAAACCGCAAGGUUCGCUUCACGUGUGUGCACGCAUCGGAGAAUUUUCUCGCUUGUGGCUCCAAUAAUGGAAGUGUUUAUCUGUAUGCAACGUCGGCAUUGAGUCGCAGUGAAGGCGACAGCUUUGUUACACCGACCAAGUAUCAUCUUGUAAAGAUGAUCACGCCACCUAGCAACGACCGCGUGGCUGUCACGUGUCUAAGCAUUUGUCCACAGCAGAAACACCUCGUAGUCGGUUCCAUGCGCGGCGUCGUGUAUGCGAUGCAACUGUCGGACUACCACAAGAUCGGUGAGAAGGUCGAGUUCUCGCACGACUUUCACGCAGGAUUCCCCAUUACCUGUUUCCUUUGGGACAAACGCGGCACGAGGCUUUUUUCGGCGUGUAAUGCAGGUCUUGUGUGUCAGACAGUACUACGUGCCGGUAUGUCGGCGAUCUUUGGCAGCGCGGACACGGAAUUACUGCUUAAGGAAGAAACGGGGAUUGUACAGCUAGAUCUUGCAAAAAGCGAUCGAUCGUACAUCCUCAUGGUAUCAUCCCAACUGCGUGUUUUGCUGUUAAAUCUUACUUCUGGGGAUGGUAGUGCCGUUCAAAUUGGUACAAAGGCACGGCAAGGCGCGUACGGAGCUUGCUUCUUUACCAGCCUAAACGUGGAGUCGAUCGAUCCGGCCAAAAAACGGGAAAUCAAAGUGUUUUCAUCGCGACCAGGACGACGCGUGUGGGUUGCAGACCCGCAAUCGGGUGCAGUGUCAUCAACGUUGAAAUUUUCACUCACGAAGAAUCCUAUACCAUUUCUGCAAAGUGCAGGGUGCGUCACGGAAGAAGGAAUUCAGCCUCGAAAUUUAACCAUUAAUAAGCUUGGUCGCUUUAAGUUCCUACAAGACCCUCCUUAUGCACCACAAGAUGUCAAAGACGCUGCCACAUUGCUGGUGAGCUGGAACGUUGGCUCGAGCGUAUUAUUCUUUCUCGAUCCUUCUACUGUCGAAAUUGUCGAGUGGCACUUGGAUUUGGGUAUUAUUCACGACUUAAAGAUCAUAGACGAAACAACGUUAGUAGUUCUACAUGGUGAUGUUCCAAAAGUGUCUUUAGUCCAGUCCUGUUCAGCUGACCAGUUUCUGCAGAUUUACGGCACGGCUGAUAUGAAAAAGGCUGUUGAGCUUGCGAUUGAGUUCAAUUUGAAUGACGCUACCGUAGUGGAUUCACUAUAUAACCAGUGGCUGGCUUAUCUUGAGAAUAUUGACAUAAAAGAUAACACGGAGUAUGAUGAGUUGACGGCAUCUUUAAAGGCUCUUGUGAACACGACGAGGACGCUGGAAGAGGAAUAUAAAGUGGCAGUUGAGUCUGGCUUUUCACCCACUGAUUUACAACCGCUGCAAAUUAUAUUUAAGCAGCGCCCGCAGCAAGCAGUAGCUGCUGCUUCUACCGCUUCAGCCGAUCUAUUUGCCAAUCUGGAUGACCCAAUGGGCACGAAAGUAACUCUGGCUCAUGGCAGCACUCUCCACAAGCCAAUUGAGUACAUUGAUGUGCUUGCACCGUCAGAUCAGGUCUACUCCAAGAGUAUUUGUGCACCUGAUGGAUCUUUCGUGGAGGCUAGGCUGAUGGAUAUCUCAGAGCUGCCGCGAGCACAUUCUGUGCUUGAUGAUGACUUUCGUGAAAACUUUAUGGAGGAGAUUAUGGAGGCGGUGAAACGAUUCGAGCAAGUACGAAAUAACGAAGGCUCCAUGAACAUGAAACUUCUACCGACACUAAGAGAUGGGUCCACGGCAGCAGCGAAGGCGUUUUCAACGUUUAUCCCGGGCAGCAGUGUGCUCACGCACCUAAUGGACGGCUCUAUGAUCAAGGAUCCGUUUCGCCGCUCGGACGCGUCCAAUAUUUUCAGUGACUUUCCCGAAUUCGAUAAUGAUGAAUUAGUGAUCGACCCAGAUCCGCGUCUGCUUCAGCGAAGAUACACUCAUGGCCAGAGACUCAAUACUCAUACCCAUGAAUACUCCGUGCUGCGAAUCGCUAUGUCGACAAUCGGAGAAGCAGACGAAAGCAAUUUGGACACUGAAGUCCUCCUGGAAGCGAUUUCGAUGGAUAUUUGGGAUUCAGACCUUAGGUACACUGCGAACUUACCUAUUAGCGAACAACUGGACCUUCUGGAAAACGCAAUGGAUAGAAAAGAAAGUGAAUGCAUGCACACUGGGAGAGAUGCCCAAGCACCGAGUGAAAUUUACGAUGCAGAACGAGAAGGAAAGAUUGCACUGCGCGAAGCAAAACAAGCCUUAAUCAAGACAUUGAAGGUUCAAACGCCUCUUUCAACAGUAUCAUCUAAUGAAUCCACCCCUAUCAACACAACUAGGCAACGCUUUGUGCACCAAGCAUCAACGUCUCCGGACACGGGACGUGCAGCUCAGCGCGCAAUCCAGAAACAUUUCGGAGCAGCACCGAGCUGUGAGGUCAAGCUUAAAUGCAUGGUAGGUGGCCGUAUCGCUAUAUCACCAGAGUUAGAACCUAUCAUUCGACGUGAUGUUAGCGAACUAGCUUCUGAACUUCACGCAGCUUCCGCUACAGCCGAAAAAACAAAACAGCUCACACGAAGACUAUGGCCUGCAUCUGGAAUUACACGAGUAUGCGCAUGCCUUACAAGCUUGUACUUACUGCAAGGUGACGUGGAUCAAGUACGCACGACAAUUGGGGCGUGGUUGAAUUGCUUUGACCCAACUGCGCCACUCGAAGAUUCAGAAGGAAGUGACAUCAAAAAUAAGAGUGAGCUUACCAAUAUGCCUUCACCUACUGGAUUUGCUCGUGGUGAGGCGCUUGUAGGGGGUGAUGGCCUACCACUAACGAGAGGUGACUGGAACUUAGUACGAGCAAUGGUAUCGAUAUAUUUCGCUACCUGGGCUGCUGGACCGAAAUUACAUCUCCACCCUUUGAACCCGGAUAGCAAAGGUAAUUGUCGAUUAUAUGAAAGCGAAAUGGGAAUUACAAUGAAACUGGAGCCACGCUACAAGUGGGAUAGUGUUGCAGAUGACUCCGAGACCGAGUCUGCCACGGCAGAUGAAGCCGAGGCAUUUGUAGUCAAGUACGGCGUAUAUAUUAAUCCGGACUUAGCCGCUGAAGUGUGCAACCUACGGCAGUUUACGGGUGCAUUAAAAAUUGUCCUGGACGAGGUUAUGUCCAGCGCUGAAAUGGAAGAAAUAUGUGAUGAUAUUGUAAAUUGGAUCUCAAAAACCGAAAGUGCCAAGGUUUUUUCGGUAUUAAAAGAGCGCGAUUCGUUGUGCCUGCUACUUCACAUGCUCGAUAUCUUGAUGAAGAAGUGCCCCCAGGACACUAUCGAUAUGUGUGUGAAUAAGUACCCCGUAUUGUAUCCAUGGAAUAUUGAGCAGGCCCUGUUCGGGAUAGAGCUCGAGUGGGCAUCAGGUGAAGGCGCAAAUCGUAUGUGCGAAAUUUUGCAGCCAAAGGCAGUGGCACAGGCGUCCAAGUACUUUCGGUAUCUCGUGCGUCUUCUGGAAGUAAAGGGUGACGAAGCCGGCAAAAAUACACAAGUGGUCAGUCGAUGUUUGGACCUGUGUUUCGCUGGUAGUGCGGUGAUUGGUGACUUGUUUAGCCACGAGGAAAGGCCAAGCCGUAUAGAGUGGAUUGCGGCGCUUGUUCGCCAACCCAACAGGUUCAUUUACGACCACGCACAGUGCUGGAACAUGUUUAUGGAAAAUAACGCGUUCCUUCCUCUCUUGGAGUUAACGAUGAUAUCUAUGCAAAACGAGUGCGAUUCGACGGCUUUUGACCGUGGAUUCAAUGAAUUGUCCGAAUUGGUGACUCUAAUCAUGAAAAGCAAGGAUCUGCUUGUUUUUAAUUCACUGUUUGAAAGGGUGGCUGUGCUCCCGCGCAGCUCUGAGAAGUGUUUGUGCAAUAUGUUGAGCCAGAUUCAAGUGUUCAUGUCCGAUGAGAAUCGUAACGAGCCCUUAUGCUCUGCGGUUUUCCACGCACUUUUGAGCUCGGUAAAUCUUGGUUACGGAAUGCGCCUCCUUGGUCGAUUUCCUUUGCUGUUUGCUGCCACGCCGCUGCAAACGUAUCGCACCAUUGUUGAAACACAUGUACUCACUGAGCGCCAAAAGUACGAGAUAGUGCAAAUGUUAGAGAUUGUGGACACUAACGUGUGGACAUCAUACAAAGAAGAUGUGUCUGCCACAAGUCCAGUGUCCUUCGCGCCCCAGCUUACUGCUAUUUUGCAGCUUGAAAUGGGCGCGCUUUUUCCAGCUAUGAAUCAAGAGCAGUACGCGAUGUGGGAGAACAAGUGCAAGCAGUACGAUGAUGACACAACAACACAUCGAUUAAAAGCGGAGCAGGAAGCAAAAAUGAAUAAUGGGCUUCUUUGCAGACAGAUUAGCCUUGGGCGUACUAACAACCGCAUUGCAGUAUCGAGGAUGCUUCCGGGUGUGACUCCAAUGGCUUGCCGAUCUUUUGAAUAUCGUAAUAGUGACUGGGGUGGUGCAGUGCAGUUGCACGAUUCCACUUGCGGGAUGUGCGAACUUCCCGUGGUAAUAAUUCGUGACAACAAUGCCAAUCUGGACGUGGUAUUGCUCCCAUGCGGCCACGCUUUUCAUGAAAAUUGCUUGGAAGAUAAUUCAUGUCCAGUUUGCCUAGAAGCGAAUCUGAAUACACUGGACUGGUCUUAA